AUGCCCUUCCCUUCCUGGUCUUGUUCCUCGUCCCUGGGUUCUCUCCUUGGAAUCCUCGGGGGAAAGCCCUCUAGGUCGUCUUCAUCUUCAGACUCCUCCUCAUCAUCAGCCCGCACACACACCCGCUCACAGUCACAACCGCUGCCACAAACACGGCCGCAGUCGCAGACACAAGCACGGGCGCACAAGAGGGGGUCAUCCGUACUGAAACUGCAAGGGAGACUGGACCAGAUUGGUCUUGGUCUCUGGUCACAGGGAGCCAGUGCAUCCGCCGCGAAAGCCACCGCCAGAGCAGCAGCUGUGCCGUUGCUCCUGCCACCCAACUCGAGCGCCAGCAUGGAAUCUGCACAGGAAAAGCCUAAGUCGAAGCAAAAGCCAACCACGCCGCAGAAACAUGUCACUGUGCGCCACAAGGGACGGCCAGUUGCCCGCCUUGCCCUAAGUCCCUUCCGCGACGACUCCGGCCUGGUUGCACUGCGGUACGAGCAUACAAAACAGGGAGAGCCCCCCAUUCCGCUGCCGCCACCUCAGCCCAGGGAGAAGAAGAGAGAAAUUCGCCGGCCGAUCAUUGUGAAUCCGCCGCCAGUCCCACCACCGCAAGAAGAACAUCCACUCUUUCGCAACCAGCAGACGCAGACGCAAACAUUGCAAACAUCACAAACAAUCACGAUUCGCCGGUCGCAAGCUGAGCCGUGGAAGCGCGACUCGGGAGCGCCCACAUCGUCGUCCAUCACGCUGCGCGGCGACGAGGACGAAGAGGACUACAUCUACCGCAAGCUGCUCGAGGACAUUGCUGACGCGCCAUCUCCCACGCUGCCGCCCAUGCAAUCGCCCAAGAUGGACGACUCUUCAUUCGAGGCUCCCCAGGAACUGCCGGCUCGGAAGAUCCCGCCGCCAGCGCUGAAGCUCCCGGUGCCUCUGAGCGCGGGAAGGGCGGAGAUUCAGCCGCCCGCAUCCGCGCCGGUUUCAGUGCCAGGAGCAAAGCAGACACCGACGCAACAGCAGCAGCCUGCUACUACGCCGUCGUCCCCAUCUCCAUCAAGACUGGGGCUGCGGCGAGCUGUGUCGGUUUCUUGUUCGUCGCCGAGAUCAUCCGAGUCGCCGUCGUCGCCCGUUUUGCCUGCAUCGCCGUCCCGGCACCUGUCACUGACUAAGAAACUAGGUAAGAAGAGCUUCGGCCUUGGUUCUGGGUCGUCGGGUAACGAGAAGGGAAAAACGGAUACGGCAACGGCAGCGGCAACGGUCGGGACCGGGAUCAGCAGCAGGGUCUCGGUCGUUUCUUCGGGGGGCUCCAAACGGCUGCGGAAAAAGAGGGUUGGCGUUGACAGGGCUGCUUCCGGCGCUGGGACUGUUGGGCCCGCCUCGCCAGGGGCUAUUUCCGGGCCCGAGCGGGGCUCUGCCCACUGUGCUCAGCAGGAGAAACCGCCAAAAUGGCCCAAAACAGCCAAGCGCACGCCAGAGACCCCACCGCAGCCGAACGCGCCAGGGGCUGCGCACGGGGAACAAGCAUCCUCGCACAGCAACAAGAACAAGUCGACUGUCGCUGACACUGUGACCUCUGCGACAACGCUCUCGCUCUCGUCUGCACCAACCAUCACCACGCCCAUUCCCUCACACAGCCUAUGGGACGAUCUGGACUCCAUUGCCUUCUCCAAGCGGGGGAGUCUCAUGCUGCUGGGCAGAAAGAGUGAUCCCUCGAAGUCACUUCCACUGUCGCUAUCGCAGGUCAUGUCGUCGUCGUCUGCGGAGAGCGGCCCCAGUGAUUGCAGGGCCGGCGAAACCCCUAACGUUAUCGAAGAAUCCAAGCCCAAUGUGAGCGAGGAGAGCGAGAACACUGAGAGCCCCGAACACAAAGAAACCGACAAGAACACCAGCCAGGUGCCAGCGUCGUCAUCUCCAUCAUCGUCAUCCUCCUCAUCAACAUCUUCCAAGUCCCAGCGCGACUCUGCUAAUGUCGCGGCAUCCCCCUCUGCGCGAGACGCCGCCAAGGGCCCCGAGCCUGCCGUGCCCAGCAUCCGCGUCUCGUCGAUUGAUUUAGAGAGGGAAUCACAAAAGGUGAGAUCGCUCUAUGAAUCCGGCGACGACCUGUUCUGGGAAGACGGCGGCCGCGUCUCGUUCGUCGAACGUCUCGCUCCUACCGCCGAAGUCCCGUCCGAAGAGGAUGAGCACGCCGAUUCAUGGCGUCCGUCCGAUCAUCCCUCCAGUUCGCAAGGAGACCACCUCGGUCCGUUCCCACAGGCCACGGCCAUUCCGCGGUCUCGCCUGUCGGCCUCUCCUAAUCGCAACAGCGUUGUGCGCAAGGGAUAUGCUGGUGGCCUCGAGGACUGGGACGACCUCGACGGCGCCGAAGUCGACCGCUAUGGCUUUAUCACCCCCAAACGUCCGGUCUCACGCGCCGAACCUGCCGAGCUCAAGGUCCUGCCGAGACGGCGAAACGUCCUGACCAAGCGACCCUCAACUUCUUACUCGACCGUCUCCCUCCCCGGAGGCUUCAUCCGCCCGCCCAGCCGCAAGGUCUCGGCGCGCUCGCUCAACACGUACACGUCGGAGCGAUCGAACGUCUCGCGCUUGUCGACCCGUUCGUCUAUCCGCUCGGCGGCAAACCAUCUGCCAUACAACCGUGAGCACAGGUGGCUUGCCGAGGCCAGCGAAAUGCUGUCUCUUCAACCGACCGGUUUCGCCAGCCUGGAAGACGAAAAGGACCCCAAGUUGAUCGAGGCCCAGAAGCGCAAAGAAGCCCUGCGCUCGGAGAAGUGGCGCAAGAUGGCCACAGCUGUAACGCCAGUAUCCUCGAACCCCAAGGUCACAUCAUCAUCAUCAUCAUCAUCAUCAUCAUCAUCAUCAUCAUCAUCAACCAACCCUCCCCCAGCCCCCGGUCACGGCCAGGGCAUCUCAUAUACCUUCGACGUCACCUCACCCAAGCUCAUCUCCCGCACCUGGAAGGGUAUCCCAGACUGCUGGCGCUCGGCAGCCUGGUACUCCUUCCUGCACACGUCGGCCAUCACUUACCCUCACGACCCCCCGGAGUCAGACGCCUACCUCAUCGAGACCUUCCAUGCUUUGCAAUCCCGUCCAUCGCCGGAUGAUGUGCAAAUCGACCUGGACGUGCCGCGCACCGUGAGCGGUCACGUCAUGUUCCGGCGGCGGUAUCGCGGUGGACAGAGGCUACUGUUCCGGGUUUUGCAUGCGAUCUCGCUCUAUUUCCCGGAAGUUGGCUACGUGCAGGGGAUGGCUUCGCUAGCGGCGACGUUGUUGUGUUAUUUUGAUGAGGAGAGGGCGUUUGUCAUGAUGGUCCGGCUGUGGAGGUACAGAGGAUUGGGCUGGUUGUAUAGCGAUGGAUUGGCCGGGCUGAUGGCCGCGUUGAGGGAAUUUGAAGGGGAUUGGUUGGGGAAGCUGGAUGGCGGAGUUGUGAAGGAGAAGUUGAAUGAGUUGUCGAUCGAUGCUACGGCGUAUGGUACUCGCUGGUACCUGACGCUGUUCAACCUGUCUCUUCCAUUCCAGGCCCAGCUGCGGGUCUGGGAUGUUUUCAUGCUUUUGGGGGAGUGUCCUCCAGAAGAGCAAAAGCAACUUCAACAGUUACAACGGCAACAACAACAGUCUUCGGGCGACCCACAACCGUCUACGAGCAACGACUCUUCACCGAAAGACUUGGACCCGCCGCCUCAGUCUCCUGCAACUCUCCUCCCCCCGAAGGGUUUGGAUAUCCUUCACGCCACAUCGGCCGCCCUGAUUCAUGCCCUUCGCGAUGUGCUGCUCGACUCUGACUUCGAGAACGCAAUGAAGACAUUGACCGCCUGGAUCCCCGUCAAAGAUGAGGAUCUGCUCAUGAAGGUGGCCCAGGCGGAAUGGCGCCGGCACCAAGGCAGGAGGGAGAAGAUAGAGAAGGAGCUGCGAGAAAAAACAAAGAAGGAAGAGAAGCAGAGGGAGAAGGAGGAGAAGCAAAGAGAGAAGGAAAAGGGUAAAGGGAAGGAGAAAGAAAACGUUAAAGAGGGGGUCGAGGUUACUACCACUACUACUAAUACUAAAGGGAAGGUUAAAGAACGGGAACAACAACACGAUAAAGAAAGAGAUGAAGCUCGGGGGAAGGAAAAGGAAAAGGAAAAGGAUAAAAAGGAUAAGGGAAAGGGCAGGUCCUUGUUCUGA